GUCACUUGUGUGUUAGCAACAGUUUGUUCAGUUGUUCUGUUUGUUAUAAUACGUUCGAGUACGUUUAUAGGUUAUAAACUUAAGGUUUAUUUAUAAAUAUAAAUAGUUAAGAUGCCGAAGGUUAGGUCGACGAAACGCAAGCAGUCUGAAUCGGACUCGGAUUCAGGCCCCGACGAUAGGAAUCCGGUGAAGAAAUCAAAGGAGCCUGAGAAGAGCACAGGUGGUGGUGGCAGCAAAGCAUCGAGCGGCGGUGGUGGUGGUGAUGAUGAGAUGAGCUGGGAGUUGGGCAACAAUCGUAUGCUGAAGCUGACAGAAUUCAAGGGUAAAUGGUACGUGAACAUCAGGGAAUUCUACUUGUCCGAUGGUGAUCUGAAGCCGGGCAAGAAGGGAAUCAUGCUGUCGAUGCCACAAUGGCAAAAGUUCAAAUCGGCGCUGCCUGACCUCGAGGAGGCCAUCAAGAAAAACGUUUAACUCAUCGUAUGUACUUCUGCUGUUGCUGCAGCAACAUUUAUUUAUGUAAUUGUAAUACUAUGUAAGACUCUCUUUGAAUAAACUCUGUUUCAAAGUU